UAACCACCACCAAGCAUCUGUCUUUACCUGCCGAACUAACCCAACAUCAAACCGCCAUCUAUUGUAUAAUGGGGAACCUUAGCGACAGUCUACUACAUGCAGAGAAAGACGCUGCAUACCAUGCUCUUCUUUUCUUGCAGCAGACAGUGAAGCUUCAAGUACGUGACUACAACUAUCUCUUAAUUACCAAGAUCAGGCAACUCAAUAGACGAGUUUUGGCUCAACAGCUUACCAUGGCGAGUGAAAUUCAAACAUUGCUUAAUGCUUGGGAGAAAAUGACUAUCCAGUUAUAUGCAUCAUCAAACAAUGUUGAAGAUACAUUGUUAUCCUAUUUCUCUCCAGACCCUACGGGGCCUUACUCAUGUGAAAUUCACACUAUACUUUCUCAUAUUAAACAGCUGACACGCUCUAUCCAAAAUUCGACUCACGCCUCACUUACGAAGGUGAAUCAGUUUGACCAACAAUACUUCAAUCUCUAUAGAUGUUUAUCUUCAGACGAAAACUCUGUUGGUUUGCAAACGCCAGAGCUACAUCGCAUGGCCGUCGUCGCUCUCUCUCCAAAGUUUAUGUUUACUGAGAUGAUGACAGCAGCUCAACUUCCCAUGCCAACAUACACUCACAUCGAGAUAUAUGAGGAUGAAUAUGCCAGCUGCAUCGAAUUUUAUCCCAAUAUAAAUUUAUUCAUCCAGGAUGGGCCACGACAGAAGAUAUGUGGUUUCGCACCAGCUUCACAACAGGCUGCUGAAGAAGCAGCUGCUCUCCAAGCAAUUGGGUAUAUGGAAUCAGAAGCGCAUAUGCAGCUCCAAGAUUUCAACUACGCUAAUAAGGAAAAUGCAUUAGAUGAGCAUAGGUCUUUGUUAAAGAAGACAGAGCAGCAGACUAAGGCAAUGAAAAUUAUCUCUAAAGAUUGGAAUACUGCCAUGAAUGAAUUUGCAGCAGCUUGUGAUCUAUUUAAUGCUAAUGUGAUCUAUUUAGUGCUAAUUUCUUUUGCGAAGUAUUCUGCAAUUCUAAGGUAA